AUGCAGGAACUUCAUUCAAGGAGACUUGAAGAGGGAGGAGGUACUCCUGCCACCAAAGACCCAGCAGUGGGGCAUGAACUGAGAGGGAGGAACAGCAGUUUCCGCCUCUCUGCAUUACCCAAGCAGAAAGAGGCAGAGGAGAAGCCAAACUCAAGUGCCAAAGUACCAGCAGCAGGCCAGUACCGAGCACUGGGAUCYAGGGGGCCUGGAUCUCCCCAGAAGAUCACCAAGACCAAAGAGGCCAAGGAAACCCGCUACAGAUUAAGUGCUAAGGAGUCCUUAGCAUCGUUAGGGCAAGAUGUGAAAGCAGAGGGGAAGCUUCUGGAGAAGAGAAACACUUUAACCCAUGCUAAAAGCAAAUAUAAAUCUGCCAGUGCAGAUGAACUUUCUCGCAGUGAAGAGGAACGGCAGGCUCUGUGCAAGGCAGGAUUAAUCAUAGGACAGAAAAGGCUCAGCGACCGCACUGAGAUGUUACAAAACCCCCUGACUUCUACAUCUUUUGCUGAUUACUACCAGCUGGGUUUUAAUUUGAGGUCAAAUAUCUUCCAAGGUGGCCCACUGGAGAGCAGAAGCUUGAUGAAAGAUUCUUACACCCCGGAUGUAAUUCAGAAAGCAAUCAGAGAUCCCAAGAAUUGGCAUGGAAGAAGGACUGAUGACCUAGGUAGAUGGCAUCAGAAAAAUGCCCUAAAUCUUAACCUGCAGAAAGCAUUUGAAGAGAAAUAUGGGAAGAACAAAGGCAAGCCUUAGAAUCAGGUUAGGGACUGGAGUGCUUUCAGCAAGGGAUCUUCUUCCUCAGCCAUCUAAUAAACCUCCGUGUAAGCCUUCUGCCAUUUGCUUGCCAGGUGUCAACAGCAGGUGUGUUGGUAGUGCUCUCUU